UGGGAAAAAAAAUCCAAUGCAACAAGACCUUCUUUUAACACAAACCAACAAAUAUGCUCCAAAAGAGAACUGAUAGGCAGCAAGGGGGAAGGAUCUGAACAGAGGGCCGUGCAAUCCUUCGAACAGACUCCUGCGUAUUCUCAAGAGAGACCCAACAAACCAAUCGACUUCAUCAAAUGCCAGUGCUGAAGACCAAAAACCAACCUAAAAUUCUCACAGCAAUGAAACGAAACAGAGAGCAGCAAAGAAAGGAGGACCAGCGUAAAGCGAAAUUCCCCAAGACUUUGAUUGAUUUAGAGCCGGAUGAAAGUCUGAUAAACCUUGAGAACACAUCCAUCCAUCCACAAAUACACCUACUAAGAAUUUCUCUUCAGUAACACAGAGAUGCAGAGGUCUGUUGAGAUGAAUCCAGCAGAGUCCAGAAUGGUUCUUGCAGAAAUCCAAUAGUCGAAACAAGAGCAGAAGACCAGAAAUCAGAAACUCCACUGUCUUCGUCGACUCUGUGAAGCUCUCACCAUCGGCACGAUCGCCUUCGCCUUAGUGCUCACCUUGGACGAGAUUAGCUGACAGUAGAAAGAGAGCAUAAGGGAUUAAUCGCUGGUGGGUGGAGAAAGAGACAGGGGCAGUAUCGUCUUGGGGGGAGUAACCCAUUGCCUGGGUUUGUAACCUUGGGGGGCUGGGUUAUCUGCCGUGUAUGGCGGUUAACAUUUCACUGUAGCACCGGGUCAAGCGGUGACCCGGGAUUUGUAGCCAAUCUCAAAUAAACUUCCCAAAGGGUUAAAUGGGUCCCACUCCUAGAUAACCCCCUUUAUCCCACUACCCAAACACCCCCUAGAAACUGCCUUGUCUUGGGUUUUUCUAGGGUUUCUACUUGUUUGUGAACUUCCUCUGCAAAACACACACGCGCGCAUACUCUCGCAGAGUAAACCAUGACGUUAGCUUCCGACCUCGACGUCGUCCCGGAAGCGCUAGCACCUUCCGGCCUAACGGCGGAGAAACUUUCACUCCCAACCCUCCAAUCGAAAAUGAAGAUCGACCCAGAAGGCUACCAAACGGAACUCAGUCUCCUCUACAAUCAAUUCAAAUCCUCUCUAGAGCUCUUCCAACAACAAGCCGCCCUAAAUUUCACCUCCAUCAGUGGAAUCUCCACCGACUCCACCGUCGCAAAGGACCUCGGAGACCGAGCCAUGUUUUUGUCUCAUAUGACACCGUUUUACCCCGAACAACUCGCCAAUUUUCCUACAGAGCUCGCCGAUUUCCUCCGGUCAUCAGGCCGGUCUCUGCCAUCGGGGCUUCGCUGUCAUAUUGCCCAAGCUUUGAUUCUUCUCAUUAACAGAAAGAUUGUUGAUAUUGGGGAUACUCUUGCCUUGUUCAUGGAGCUUCAGACUUUGGGUGAUAGGGCUUUGAGAAAAUUGGCAUUCUCACAUGUUGUUCAAAGUGUUAGACGAAUGAAUCAGAAACAUAAGCACGAAGCCAAGAAUCGGACGCUUCAGAACAUUCUGUUUUCAAUACUACAGCAAGAGGACGAAGCAAAAGCAAAACAAUCCCUUAUUACACUUUGUGAUCUUCAUCGGAGAAAGGUGUGGUUCGAUGAGAGGACAGCCAAUGCUAUAUGUACAACGUGUUUCAAUCCAUCAUCUAGGAUCAUGAUUGCUGCUCUAUCAUUUCUCCUUGAUUUUGAGAAGAUUGAAGAUGAUGAUGAUAGUGAUGUUUCAAGCGGUGAAGAUGACAUCAAUGUCAACCAGCCUCAUGUUGUCCUCAGUAAAGAGGCGGUUUAUAAGGCAAACCAUAAAGGUACAACAUCUAGCAAAAAGAAAAAGAAAGCAAAAUUGCAGCGAGUUGCACGUAGCAUGAAGAAGCAGCAACGCAUGUCAUCAGAGAAAGAUAAUUUGAGUUACUAUUCACCACUUAACCAUUUGAAAGAUGCACAGGGAUUUGCUGAGAAGCUGUUCUCUCGGCUUCAAACUUGCAAUGAGCGGUUUGAGGUUAAGAUGAUGAUGUUGAAAGUAAUUGCCAGAACUGUAGGGCUUCAUCGCCUGAUUUUAUUGAACUUCUAUCCUUUUGUUCAGAAAUAUGUUCAGCCCCAUCAACGUGAUAUCACAAAUUUACUUGCAGCAGCUGUCCAGGCCUGCCAUGAUAUGGUGCCGCCUGAUGCAGUUGAACCACUUUUCAGGCAAAUAGUCAAUCAGUUUGUGCAUGAUCGUUCACGAACAGAGGCCAUUGCUGUUGGAUUAAAUGUAGUGAGGGAGAUAUGUUUACGUAUGCCUUUGCUGAUGACAGAAGACUUGCUGCAAGACCUUGUAUUGUAUAAGAAAUCUCAUGAGAAGGCGGUUUCAUCAGCUGCUCGGGCACUUAUGACUCUUUUUAGACAGGUUUGCCCUUCACUUCUGAUCAAGAAGGAUCGUGGACGGCCCAUUGAUCCUAAGGCAAGGCCGAAAGCAUUUGGUGAGGUGAAUGUCGCCAGCAAUGUCCCAGACGUUGAGUUAUUGCAACAAAAUGAUGGAAGUGAUGAUGAUACCAAUGAUCAUGGAUAUGGUAGCUCUUCUGAUGAUGAUAAUCAUAAUGAUGAAGAUGUGGAUGCUGUUGAAAAAGAUGACAAUAGAAUUGAUGAUGGCUGGGAUGGUGAUCAUGCUUUCGAGUAUGAAUCUGAUAGCUCUGAUGAUGACGAUCUCCAAAAAGACCAAAACAUUAGUGCUGGAUGUGAAGAUGAUGAUAUGCAAAAAGUUGAAGUGUCUGAAGAUGAGGAUGCUAAUGACUGGACUGAUGAUGAGGACGAUGCCAGUGAUGAAGAUGAUGAUGACGAAGAGGAGCAUGGGCAGAUUAAUGGCUCCCCAACAAAUUGUGAUAAAAAUGAAUUUAAAGAGAAGAAGAGGAAGUUUUCUGAUUUUGAUGGACAACUGAAUGCUGCCAACAAAAGUCUUCGGGCUUUAAAGAAAUUAGCUGGAGCAAAGAUGAACCCCGGUCCCUCAGAUACAACAGAUGGUAUUCUUUCUAAUGAGGACUUCCAAAAAAUCAAAGAGCUAAAGGCAAAGAAGGAAGCAAGGAUUACUUUGAAUCAACAUGGAUUUAAGAUUCCUAGCUCUGAUAACCUUAGUGUUAAAAGAGUGGACGCUGCCAAGCUUGAGGUUAACAUACGAAAAAAGAUGAGCAAGGAUGAAAAACUAGCAUUAAUAAGAGCUGGAAGGGAGGAGAGAGGGAAGUACCAAGCCCGAACUGCUGUAAAACAGAAGAAGACUGGUGGUUUAAGCAAUCGGCAGAAGGAACACAAAAAGGCUAUGCCCCUUGCAGCAAAGAGAGCCAAGGUCACACGAUCUCGGCAGGAGAAAAAGAUAAAACAGCAACGUUCUGGGAAACAGUUCCGUGGGAGGAAAGCAUGGAAGUGAUCUGCAUUGUGAUUUGCUAUACUCUAAUGCUGGUCUGCUUAGUAGUUGCCCACUACAACUAAAAAUUUAAAGAGGAGGGGGUGGAGGGAAUAAGUGCUCUUUUAUGUUAUGUUGUUUUUUCUGGGGGGCAUUGUAGUCUAGAUCUGUGGUAAUAUAUUACCACAGACCUGGAAUUUUCUCUUGUGGCUC